AUGGAUAAUUAAGAAUAGGUUUUAAUAGUUAACUAUACUUAAUUAUAAUCUGUUCAAUCCUAAUUCGAGUCUAUUAAUGAAUAACUGGCUAAGCUCAUUCCAAAAAAAAAAUACAAACAAAUAUAUGCAUUACUGUCAAAAUUCUUUGAUCGUUAUGAUCAUUCUAGUUAAAUUCAUUUGAAUGACAAAAUUCACUUUUAAAAUAUUCUGCUCAAAGCUUUAAAUAAGAUCUAUUAAAAAUGUAUGCUAAAGGAUAUGUCUCGUAAAAAUAUUAUCGACAUUAAAAUAUGGAAAUAGAAAAUAGCUAAAUACUUGGAAAUCUAUCCUGUUCUUAUAUCUAAACUUACUUCCAAUUUCGACAUGAUCUAAAUUGAAACUAAACAUAGUUUAAGAGACUAAAUUAGGAACUCCAUGUUGAAGGAUAAAUUACAAUAGCAAAUUCAUAUCACAAAUAAUAAUGCGAAACUCAAACUGAACUAAAUAGUGACUAAUUUCUCUUUAGAAUAAGAAUAUGACAGUUAUUUAUAAAAUAUUAUGGUUUCUUUCAGACUUUUAAGUUAUUAGGAUAUCAAGCCAUAAGAAAAAGGCAGAUAUGCAAAAUUGUCAUUUGAUAUCAGCAAAAUCUUACUUCAGGGAAAAGGAAAAAGAGCCUCUAAAUUAUCUCAGUACAUUUUAUGUGCUACUAACUUAUUAAUUAAAAGUUUUGAAAAUAAUAAUGAUAUGGCUCAGGAAAUUUUAGAAGAAGUCAAUAGUUCAAUUACAAUUAAUUAUUUAACAUAUUUAGUAUAGUAAUUAGAGGCCAAUAACGAUUUUAAAAGAAAACUCAAAUGUAAAUGGAAAUUCAUGAAAUUAUUAAAACCAUUAACUUGGUUUUGGAUGCAAUCUAUCUAUUAUUAUCAAUCCAUUUUUAAAUUUGAAAAAUGCUAGGCCAUUAUGACACUACUAAAAUGGCUAAGUUUUUAUUAUCUUCUUCAGAAUGAUGAACUAGCAAACUAUAUUCAAAAUGUGUCCUCAUUGACAUAUUCUAAAUACAAAGAAUUAAUUAUAUUCAAUUCAGUAAUAGAAGCCGUUUGUUUAGAUGAUGAUGUGGGAAUGCCAAGAUUAAAGAAAUUGAUGAGAGAUAAUUAAGAAUAGAAUCAAGAGAAAUAGUAAUAUAAACAAUCAGUCAAUUAUUAUUAUAAUGUGAAUGAUAAGAACACCUCAUUUUAACCAGAAUUUUAUUAUUGCACUCCUUAGAUCAAAGCAUUGGCUUAACAAAAAAAGAAUACUGAUGCACCAUUUAUCGAUAUCCCUGUUGAAAAUCUGAGUUCUAUGGACACUCGUCAAUCUAGCAAAACUUUGAAGUGUCCAAAAAGAUUAAAUACAUCAUUUAAUUUGAAUGUAUAAAAGUCUUUUCGUGGAUCAAUAUCAUAAUUCUCGACAAGUUUCUCAGAGAAGAAGAAUUAGUCAAUGUGUGCCAAUAGUCAAUAAGUGCAAUAAAUCUAGCAAAAUACAGUUCCUAUGCUUGAUAAAAUGAUUAAAAAACUGAUCGAAGAGAAAAUAGUUCUUGAUAAUAUAGAGGAUAAGAAAUCUCAAUCACAGUAAUUACUAAGUAAAGAGAAGCUCUAAUAAAAGGAGAAUGAUUUCUACAAAAAGCUAUUGAAAUACAAGACAUAAUUUUCAAAAUUCGUCUCUCCAGUCAAAAUGAAAUCAAAUUAAGAAGUCAUUACAAAAUAAGAUUUAUAAAUGAGAGUUAUUGAUAGACAAACAUUAGUUGAUUCUAAGAACUCCUAAACUAUUACAUUUUAAACAAAACAGAACGAUUAGGAUACAUCGUUGUUAUCCUUUGAAAAGCCUGGAGCUUCAUUAGGCCCACUAUAAAAAUUGAAGAAAAUCAUCUUUAAGCAUCCUGAAGUGUUUUCCCUUCAAAAAUUAAGGAACAAACUUAAGUCGUCCAAAAAAUGGUACAAUAAAGCAAAUGCAACUCGAAUAUCGAAUACAAGAAGAUCAAUAAUGUCGUAAAAAUCAAAGGAUCACAUAACUACAGAUUUGAAUUAAUUAAGAGAUAGAUCAUAGACGCAAUUAAGGAAGAAACUUAGCGAAACUUAAUUUCAAUUGGAAGCAGUGGAGAAGGAAAUGAGGAGUUAUAGUGUUAAAAUAAAGUAUUCUAGAUAAAAUGCGGAUUAACCUUUGCAGCUCGACAAUAAAUAUCAAAUAUUAAAUGAGUAAAAAAUAAAUUUGAUAUAUUUUAUUGAUAUUUUUCCUAAUUUUUUGGAAUUUGAAUUUGAAUAUAAUAAUUAGCGGAAAAAUAUUUUUCAAAAGAUGGAAGAAGAUCAAAACUUAGUCUCAUUAUCAUUACUCAAUGAUGAGUAGGAUUAGAAAUUGUUAGAAAAAAUAUCUAGCAAGAGUAAAAAAAUUUUCAAAAUUGUAUACCCAAAUAAGUAUUUAUAAUGCCUAGUAUUCUUUAGUAAACAAUUAAUCAAAUACAAGAUCUAUAAUAGAAAGGAAAAAAGUUUGGAGGAAUUGAGUAAGAAAUUUGUACGAUGUCUGAUUGAUUAUGAUGAGAAAAUUAUCUGCUUGGAUUAAAUCACCGAAGAGUUGGGUGUUGAAAGAAGGAGAAUUUAUGAUAUAAUUAAUAUACUCGAAAGCUUGUAAGUAGUGAAAAGAAAAUGCAAAAAUUAAUAUAGUUGGAGUGGAUUCAAAACUAUUUAUUCAACAAUAGAACAAUAUGCCAAUAAAUAAGUUCAUUUCGACAUAACUUCGCAUAAAAGAGAGAAAUCCUUAGAAGUACUCUCAGCUGGGUUUAUUAAGUUGUUUAUGUAACAAAAAUCCAUUUGGACUUUGGAAGAAGCUGCUAAAUAUCUCGGAAAUGAAGUUGAUCAAAAUAAAUUGAAAACAAAAGUGAGAAGACUGUAUGAUAUUGCUAAUGUCUUAAAGUCUAUUGGUUUAAUCAAGAAAACUCAUUUAGUUUCAUCCAAAAAACCUGCAUUUUAAUGGGUUGGUAAGGAAGGGUUAAAAGUAUUUCAAUACAAUUUAAAAUAACACGAAUUAAAAAACUAAGCUUAAGAGAGCAAGGAGAAUAUAGUUAAUGUACCUACUCCUUAAGUUUAAACUGUGAGUAAACCAGACAGUUUUAAUUCCUAUAAUUCAUAUGUUGGCAAAUGCAUAGAUCUGCUCAUCUAAUAACAAUUGAAUGAUAGAAAAUAAUAAACUGAAUAAAAAAUUAAAGAGCAGAAUUAAAAUCAAGUCACAGUUAUAACUCCAAAACUAAGAAAAACAUACACAAUUAUUCCACUCAGAGUCACAACUCCAAAAAAGGCUUUGCAGAUCACUCCGAAAAAAAACCAUUCUAAUAGUCACACUCCUAAUAACAAUAAAACUGUAGUUGGUUCUCUUAUUGGGAAGUUUAAUUAAAACAUAUGA